AUGCCUCCUCCUCCUCCUCCGUGUUGGCGACCGCAUAUACCUCGUACUGAGCUUGCGGACAUAUACGGCCAUCUCGCCGAGCCAGAAAUUCAAGGUGUUAUACCAUUGAAGAGCGGCCUCACGCCAAGGCUUUCCUUGGCAGAUUUACCGCUGGCGGAGUUGGAGAGGUUAGAUGUCUUGGCACCACUUUACCAUAUCUAUGAAGACGAAACUGCAAUUAACCCAAAUACGGACAUUACCAUCCAUCCUGUAAUGCAAAGAAAAAAGUGGAAUUACCCCUUGCCAAAACAAUUGGCUGACUUCCCUUUGGGAGGAGACUUGGAUGGGUACUGGAAUGCUUGUACAGACGACAUCGUGUGGGAGGUCAUACUUCCAUCCAUUCGAAUAGCAAGCUUGUAUAUCUCACAUGCCGAUUUGUGGCCAUGGUUUGAUGGUCUGCUUGCCGCCGAGUGGACUGACAUUCCACAGUCGGAGGUCCCCUUUACAUUGAUGACACCACGUUCAGGCUGGAAACGAUUCAAUACUAGAGAUCCUCUAGUGUAUGGAACUGAAGCAGGUAGAAGAAACGUCCGAGACAGAAUAUUGAGCCAUUCUAAGAAUAUAUAUUUCCGCCUAACAAGCUCUUAUACCGAUCCAGCAAACGGUGUUCUAGCAGUAGAUCACAAAUUUGGAAGUAUUGCUGGACAAACGUUAACCAGCUCAAUAAGCAACAUUUCUAUUGUAAACAUUGAUUUCCAUGCCCUCGCAGCUUUGCUUCCUGGAACUGUGGAAAAGUUGAAUACUGCAGAAAUACGUAUGGUCCAGGGAGAAGUUGCAAAGACCAUCAUACAUGAGCUUGGUCAUGCCCUUUUUCAGCAAACAUACAAAACCUAUUUGCCCAACCAUAACGGCAAUGAGAUAUAUUUUCAUCAGGAAGUAAUUUCGGAAAUGUAUUUGCGGACUACACGAUCUCUUCGUGAUGCACCAGAUGAUGCGUUGCUCGAUUUGGAGGGAGGAGUUGUGUUCAAUGAUAUAAACAACGCCGGCACUCACGGUAAUGAAGGGAACCCAGUCCUACUCAAAAAACCACCGGACUUUUAUACAGCUAUAUAUUGGCCUGUUUCUAUUACCUGGUAUAUGGAUAUGGGAAGUAAAAGCAGAUUUGAAUCCUUUGUUAUGAAAUAUGGAACACAAACUGUGAAAUAUAAAAAGGUCAUAGGUACAAAGGUUGAUCUCAAGGAAGAUGGUACGAGAUUCAGUAGUAUGAGGGAUCCGUUCAUCGAGUUUGAGGGCAUACCAAACAACGGUCAACAUACCAGGUUAAGGUCGGACACAUUGAAUACUUCAGAGCCCCCUCGCAAACGACAGAGGGUCCCAACUGCCCCAGCCGCCGUUGUGCGAAGGGCUCGUACUUUCGAGGGCCAAGGCGCACCCAGGCAACAAAACCACAAAUUGACACGCUUGCUGAAUUCAGAGAUCAAGAUCUACCGCCAUGUCCUCGGUUCGACGAGAUUAGCGCGUAUUUGA